UUAUAGAGAAUGAUUUCUUUUAAUAUUUUCUCUGAUUAUUUAUGUCGGGAAAUCCCAAGGUUUUGCAAAUGAAGACGUUACUAAAUAGGAAAUAGGUCCAGGGUCAACAACUCCACUGUCUUCACUCUUCAUCACAUUUGUCCUUUUUUCAUUUGGAAAGUAGAAUAAUUUGCUGUUUUUUCCUCAUUGAGUUAAACAAAAAGAAAGCAAAAUCAGUAUUUAUUGAAACGAAGGAAGAAGGGGGUUUGGUUUAGGAAUGGGUAGGUUUGGGACGGGUAUCUUGAUACCCAUAUCUGUCCCGUAGCAGGUCGGAUAAUUUAUCACCUGGCGUGGGUCGGAUCAGGUCGACCUAAUGGGUAUGUAAUUUAUAGGAAAAUCACUAGAAAUAUUUUUUAUUUUCGUUAUAAAACCAAGAAACAAUUCAUAAUACGAUAAAAUGUAGCUAAAUUAUUGGAGACAUUGAGAUUUGCACUAAUUUAAACACUUUAUAAUAGCUAAAAUAUGAUGUAAGGAAAGAAAAAUCCUAAGUAAUUUGACUAAAAUUACGGGAUCGUUUGGAAGUUGCGAUAGUUUUGUUGAGAUUGUCAUUAUGCAUGUAUUGUUUACAAUGCAUCGUUUUUCUGUUUUUUUAGCAGAAACAAUACAUGGAUUGUUUCUGUGAUGUGACAGUAACUAUCACUCAUUUUGAGUGAUUGUUAUAUCUCAACUUUUAGUUGAGAUUGUUGAGAUAGUUGAGUUGAGAUUGUUUUGUCUCAGUUUUUAGCUGAUGCGACAUACACAAUCAGACAUACCAAACGUUGUAUUCUACAAUGCAUCAAAUUCGACAAUACAUGUAUAAUAUUAUACAUGCAUUAUCAACAAUACAUCUAUUUAACAAUCGCAACUUCCAAACGACCCCUUCAUGUAAUUUAGACAACAACGGGUCAAGAACGGAAACGAAUCAGAGGAGAUCAAGUUGAUGAGAAUACCCAUACCCGCCCAAAUACAAAUCAAACAAGUUGGAUAAAAUGGUUCGGGUCGAAAUUAUCAAAUCCCCAAUUUGAUUUGGCCUUUUGGUGUCACCUUCCUUCCUCCUCCCCCUUCGACUUCUUCUUAUUCUUAAAAGACGGGGUUUUUGUCCUCGUCCACACCAUUGAAGAAUCCGAACGGCCGCACAGACGACAAAGGAACGGAAUCGGAGAAACGGCGGAAACCCCCAUAUCUCCCUUCCCCUUUCCCUUUCCCGCCUCCUCAUCUCUCCGCUCCUUUUUACCUUUAUUGUUCCUUCCUUCCUUUCCUUCGUCUCUCUAAAUCCCAAAUCCCUCUUUCCCCAAAUACAUUCCCCCUUUCGGCUCCAUCAUUAUUUCCGCCCAGCCCAAUCUCUCUCUCUCGUCGCCGGCCAAGCAGAGGAGUAGCUCCGUCGUUACCGAUCGGAUUCUUCCCCCCCCCCCCCCCCCCCCCCCCCCCCGCCGGCCGGUGGUCGUGGUUAACAUCCUCUUGAAUCUCGAUAUAACUCUCACGCGCGCGUCGGUCGUCAAAUGGUGAGCGGACAAGGAUGGAACGAGGAAAGAAAGCUGCAGCAGCAGCAGGAGGUUGUGCUGACGAAGCCGCUGAUGGUGGAAGGAGACUCCGACGUGGACUACCGUACUCCGAACCUCGUCCAGCGCAUCCUGAGCCUCUUCAAAAACGUCCGCCCUGGCUCCGACAUCACCGGCUUCCAGCUGCCGCCGUCGUUCAACUACCCGAAGUCGCAGCUGCAGAUGUACGGGGAGUCGGUGUACUGCGCCGGGAAGGAUGUCUUAGGCGAAUGCAGCAGCAGCAGCAAAGGUGACGCAUUGGAGAGGUUUACUCGGGUGGUCGGGUGGAGCAUUUCGACGAACCGGCCGGCCAUAUUUGGGGUGGCGCCGUACAACCCGGUUCUGGGGGAGACACACCACGUGUCUUCUCGCUCGCUCAACGUCCGGCUGGAGCAGGUCUCCCACCACCCUCCGGCCACCGCGCUCCACGCCACCGAUCGGGUACACGGCAUCGACAUGCUCUGGUUCCACCGCCCCAUCCCCAGGUUCCACGGGACGAGGGUGGAAGUGGAAGUGCAAGGAAAGAGAAGGCUGAAGCUCGUCGAACACGGCGAAACCUACGUCAUGAACUCUCCCAACUUAACGAUCAAGUUCAUCCCGCCGUCCGUCGACUGGACGGGAACCGUCAGGGUCAGCUGCCAGGAGACCGGCUAUGAGGCCGAGCUGAACUACGCCACGUCGUCCUUCUUGGGACGGUGGUCCAGUUCCAACAACUCCGUCACCGGCAGGAUCUACAAGACGGCGGCGGCGUCGCCGCCGUCCUCUCCUUCCGGUGAUGAUCAUAAUAAGUUGCUCUACACUCUGCAUGGACACUGGAGCAGUGUUGUGAAAAUAAAGGACCAAAAUGGUGGAGGAGAGCGGGUUAUCUACAAUGCCAAGGAAGUGGCGUCCAGGUUGAAAGCUCCAAUUCUAAAGGAUCCACAGAAUGUUUUGCCGACGGAAUCGGCAUCAGUGUGGAGCGAGGUGAGCAGAGCCAUCAUGAACAGAAACUGGGAGAAAGCCAAAGACGCCAAGAGAGCUGUGGAGGAGGCGCAGAGAGAGCUUGCCAAUGGCAGGAGCUCGAGAGGGGAGAUUUGGGCUCCAAAGUAUUUUGCUCCUUCCAAAGGAGACGACGAGCCUUGUGAAUAUUCGCCUAUUGAGGCACUGGUUCCGCCAGCUCCCAUUGCUGUUCCCUCUUAGCUAGCCAUCCUUGCAAACAAAGUUCGUUAUGUAAGAAACACAAAUACUCGAUUAUUAUUGUGUAAUUAUUAGAGUCUAAUAUAUAUAUAUUUUUCCUUAUUGGGCCUGAUCCGAUUAGAAAAUAGCAAUUGAAUCCGGAAAGCAUCUAUAAACCCAACAGAACAACUUCCUAACUUCCUAUAAAUAUUUUAUACCUGACCACCUUCCAUAAGGCCCAAUAUGGCCCAUUAAGGUGUUCACUGUAUGUGAUUUCCCACCUUCCAAGUUGUGAAACCUAGUUAAGUAAUGAACCAACAAAACCUUACUGUUUUGUUAAAACCUAAUCCAUCCAUCCAACCAUCUUUUAGUAAUAGUUCUAAUCUGAGAGUUCAAAUACCACAAGCAAAAGGACAAGUGCCUCAAAGAUGAUCUCGAGUCUCUUCAUCAGCAUCCAAAAUUUAGUUUAUGUCAAUUUUUUCUAAUCUAAUCGCCAACUUAGUACUUCCUUCCUCUUAUCUCUCGAGUACUGAUGAGUCAUUUCGAUAUAUUCCACUCUCUGUCGCACCAGUGGUGAGUAGAUUGAUUUGACACUAUGCUAAGGAUCAGAUAUAUGUAGUAAAAAUUGGGUACUAUCUUCUUUUUAGUGAACUUAAUGCUUCCCGCCGCCCGAUACAGCUUCCUUAUUAUCAAAUUUUGGAAGUUUCAAUGGAACCUUCUUUUAUCGCCCAAACUAAAGUUUUCUCAUAUAUUGAUAAGCAACUUAACUUUGGCUUCGGGAAGUAUUACCCAUGUAUGACGAAGCUAUUUCUUAUGGAGUCAUUAGCUUUAUGAGAUGCAAUGAAAUGGUGGGUUCUUUGUUGCAAACUUUUGUGGUGAUUCCAACUUCUGGUGCGUCAAUUUACUGAUCGCCACUUUUGUUUUUUUUUUUUUUAAUAAUUUUUGCGUCUCUCGGUGUUUUAACAGCGUUGUCCACCUAGUGGCACAAAAAAACCUUUCAUUGAUAAUUAACUUGAAGAGUUGAUGGUGAAUUUUAUUUCAAAUUAUUGUUUAAAUAACGACCCUUUUCAUUUUAGUAUACUUGAAAAAGUUAAACCAUAUCUCAAUUCUAGAACAAGGCCUCCAUGAUUCAUUCGAUGACCCUGACCAAAUGGUUGAUAAUAAGUACUUCAGUGUUCAUUCUGAUAUAUCGAUGUCAUUCAACCUGUACCCGCAAGUGCCCAACAAAAUCAACCCGAGCAAAGUGGGUGAACCCUACGGUGACGGGCUAUGAGUCGGGUGCGGAUAAAUUCCAUUUUUUGGAAUUGAUGGAAUGGGUUGGAUGCGGGUUUAGCAAAAGCAACCCGCUCUCCACCCAACCCGACCCAAUCUUGGAAAGGAAAAAUAUGUCGUUUUGUAUAUAAACCGUACUAAUAUUAAUAAUUUUUUUAAUGUAUUAGUCUUUAUGACAAUUCAAUUCUAAUAAUAUAGAUAAUUAUUG